CCCAUACCCUCGCUCAGCGUUUCGCCCCCGAUGGCGUCAGGAAGGCCAGCAGCAAUGCCGUUAUCGAGCCUGAACAAAAGUCAGACGCAGCCGGGCGCAUCCAUCCCGCGGCCGAUAACGCCCUCGAGCGUGCUGAACAAACGCGUCUUAAGCGAGUCGUACGUUUCGUCAGGGAACCAUGCCAAUGGCAGCAAGAGGUUUUCGGGGUUGAAUGGAGGGGAGGAAGAGGCUGCGCCGUUGGAUUUGCUACCCACGCUGCACAAGGGACUUCCAAGUGUGGUGAAGACGCGAACUGGGAGCGUGCUCUCGAGAGGGUUCAUAUUGAAGACGGACCAUUACCCUUCUGGCCGUGCUUUGGAUCUCGAUAUCAACGUUCAUGGCGCACCCAACUUCCGUGCUCCACGCCAGGCGGACCUCAAUGUUUUCGGUGUUGCACAGCCUAGAACGCAGGGGCUCCGCGCUAUCUUGAGUAUUUUGCGUGCGCGACCGAACACAGUCAACCCUACUCACGUAGUCUGGUUUUCGACUCGAGAGGAGCCGAUCGUAUAUAUAUCAGGGCGGCCUUUUGUUCUCCGUGAUGCAUCAGAGCCUCGUCGAACCUUAAAGCUCUCCGAUCGUGCCGAGAACCUGGAAGAUAUCGAGCAACGCCUCAGACAUGACAUUCUGUUGGAAUCCACAAAGUAUGGAGGGCUAAUAUUGACACAUAACGAAGUUGGUUCCGGAGACGGAGAAGGCGCCAUCAUCCCAACCUGGACACAUGUCGACGCGACGAACGUGAAGACAUCGCGGGAGUUGUGGGAGAAUAUGCGGGAUGAAGGAUGGAACCUCGAGUAUCAUCGAAUUCCGAUAUCACCAGAUCGCCCGAUAGAGGACAAUUACCUCGACGCGUAUGUGCGCGUCAUCUCAAACACAGACCCACUGCGGUCAGCACUCGUAUUCUCCUGCGGUAUGGGUGCUGUCCGGACCACGUUUGCAAUGUGUGCUGCAAUCAUCACGAGGAGGCGACAAUUGAUACAACGGGGGCUGCCAGACCCGUAUAUUGAUCCCAACGCGAAAUCUGGGACCGACUCUGGGAUCGCAACUCCGAGCCCGCCAGAGGCCCGGAUUGCCCAAAUCGUCGAACAGGCAAACGCGCAACAGGACAGUAAUCGGGCCCUCCUGCGCUUGACCUAUGUUUUGCAACAAAUCCUUGCCGACGACAAAUCACAGUCAGCAUCUGCGAUUGAACUACUGCUUACUCAGCCUCUGCUCCUGGAUAACCUGCGGCGGGCUCACAUGGGUAAUUAUGGUAUCAUCCUGAGUCUUUUGGGUGUACUAGACCAUGGAUUAAAGGCGAAGAAGCUCGUCGAUCGCGUAAUCGACUCGUGCGACCAUGUCACGAACCUCCGAGAGGCGAUCUUCUCGCAGAGAAUACAGUAUUCCUUGACAACCUCUAUGGAUGAGCUGGAUGACGCAAAGCGUGAAGACAUUCUGAACCGAGCUGUAAGAUCGCUGGAGAAAUACUUCUUCUUGAUCGCGUUCGCAAACUACAUCGAUGAGCAGUUGGAUUUCGGCACAUCGUUCUCGUCAUGGCUCAAGGCGCGCACCGAAAUUUGGAACCAGGUCACUUUUUUGCGCAAAGUCUAUGGAUCGAGGUUAAACAUCUUCGCUCCCGUGAACGAUCUGUCUGCGUUAUCAAGAACGGGUUCGGAGAGCCGCGCCAUUGCUCCUGGGCAGAGCAACGACGUAGAGAUUUCCGGAGGUCGGAUCCUCGGAGACGAAUAUUCGGAACAUAUCCUUAGGAAUCGCAGCGGCAUCAUCCUCCGCGAAGGGACUCUGCUCAAAUCCGACCUUUGGUUGGGCGAAUCCCAACGGGUGGAACGUGGGGUUCGUGGGGCGAUCAACUUCCGCAACAUUCCCGGGACGCGGAUCUACGCCCUUGGACAGCCGACUGUCGAUGCUGUGGACGAGGUCAUCGACCGCAUACGCGCCGACCACCCGAAGACGUGGAAAAUCGUCUGGAUCACUCUCAGAGAGGAGCCCAUCGUGUACGUGAACGGCGCUCCGUACUGCUUGAGACGGGAGCGAUUCGCGCUUCGGAACCUGAAGGACUACAGUGGGAUAUCCGCGUCUCGUUUAGAGGUGCUAGAAGACCGUCUCCGGGAAGACGUGCUGGGAGAGCUGUCGACAUUUGGCGGAAGGCUUUUGCUUCACACUGAAGCCGCAGAUGGCGCAGUGAUUCCUGUAUGGGAAGAUGUCUCGCCGGACGGCGUAGUUGUGCUCAAAGAAGUGAUGGCAGCCAGAUCGGCCAAGGAAGACGACAUAGAGCUGGUGCAUGUCCGCAUACCAAUGACAGCAGAGAGGCCCCCGGACUUCUCGGACCUCAGCGAUCUGAUUGAAGUCGCGAUCCGGACGGAGACGGCCGAUACCCCCAUCGUUGUGAACUGCCAGCUUGGACGUGGAAGGAGCACAUUGACAUCGGUCAUAUUGCUGCUAAUACAGCAAUGGCUAGACGCUAGUCGACCUUCGGACCCGAGAUUGCACCGCUCGAUGUCAAUCAUGUCCAUGAAUGCUAUGGAUGACCUUGCGGAUUUGCAGGUAGUACCUCGACACUCGUACCAGGUCAUCAACAAUCUCCUCCGGGUGAUACGCCGUGGACGAGCGGUCAAGAACGCCGUCGACGCCGCCAUCGACCAGUGCGGCGAGGUGGAGAACUUGCGCGACGCGAUAGAAGAAGCGCGCAUUUGCGCGGAACAGACGGCCGACGAGGGGCAGAAGCGUGCCUGGGCACAGAAAGGCCUGCAGAACCUGCGGAGAUACUUCGCACUGAUCGUUUUCCAGGCCUAUCUUCAAUCCAUCGAGCCUGACACGAGGGAGAGUUUUGAGUCCUUCGAGUCCUUUGUGAACCACAGGCCAGUCCUCAAGACAUUCGAGAAGGAGCUGCUUUCGGACGGCUUGCAAGCCCUUCAGCCGCUCGAGCGCGUCGAGCUCGCCGAGGGGGAAGCAUUCCCGGACGAAGUGAAGCAGGUCGUAGCCAACCGGUCGGGAGUGAUCCUGUCUGCGUCGACGAUUCUCAAGAGCGACUUCUUCUCCAACCUGCAAAAGAUGUCGUUACCCGAACGCAUCGAGGGCUCGCCCAACUUCCGGCGUAUACCGUUGAUACUCAAGCUCGCGUCGUCGUCGACGUCCGGCUCGUCAUCACCGUCUGACCGGGCAGACUUUGUGCCCAGCUUUUCGGACGAGGCGAAGAUGGUCUGCGGCACCGGUAUGCCGACCGUUCAGGGGUUGAAGGCCGCGUUGGCUCGCGUGGACGCGGGCCCGCAAGGUCGGAACCACGUUAUUUGGACGUCUCUUCGAGAGGAACCUGUGAUCUACGUCGCGGGACGACCGCAUGUCCUGCGCCUAAUAGAAAAGCCGCUCGAAAACGUCGAAGCGACGGGUGUAACGACGGCGAUGGUGGAGUCGAUGGAAGAGAGCCUGAAGCGGGACGUACUGCGAGAGGUGAAGGCGGGCAGUGGCCGGAUCCUACUGCACGACGAGGUGGAGGAGCGGCCGAACGUUUUCGCGAUCGUGCCAAUCUGGGAGAACGUGUCCGAGGCGGACAUCAUGACGCCGCGGGACGUGUUCAACCUCGUCUCGGCGGAGGGGUACAAGGUCGAUUACGGCCGGGUGGCGAUCACGGACGAGCAGGCGCCCCUACCCGACGCGCUGUCGCUCCUGGUGGACCGCGUGCGCGCUGGACUGGAUAAGGCAGGCGACUUCAUAUUCAACUGCCAGAUGGGACGCGGACGCACGACGUCCGGGAUGGUCGUAGCGUGCCUGAUCGCGAGCACGGCGCGCUGGGAGCAACAGAGGUUGGACUCAGGCCAAUCACCGCUUCCUGAGGCGGAGGGCGGGGAAGCGUACGACGCGGUGGAUGGCUUCUCGGAGGAACAGGCGUACCUCCAAGGAGAGUACAAGAUUAUCCUGCAGCUCGUCGGCGUGCUGUCGCAUGGCAAGGUCGCGAAACGGCUCACGGACCGGGCGAUCGACCUGAUGCAGGACGUGCAGAACCUACGCAAGGCGGUCUACGAUUACAAGCUCAAGGUGGAAGCCGCGCCGAAGGGGAGCCCGAAGCAGCGCAAGCUGUUCGACCUCGGUGUGAACUACUUGUACCGCUACGGAACGCUGAUCGUACUCGCCAACUAUCUGCUCGAGAUGAGAGAGCAGGGGUGGCCGCCUGUGAAGUUCCCGGACUGGCUGCAGGAGCAUCGGGAGAUCACGAAGCUGCUGCAGCGGCGUUCGCUGGAUUGAGCGCUUUCCUCUCCUGUCGCUGCUGUUUUCCGUGCUCGACCCCCACGAUAUCAUGAAACUGCCUGGAUUCGUCAUACUAUGCA